AUGUCUCUACAUCGAACAAAGGCAACAAUUAUUGGUCUAUUAGAGGCUAGUAGAGUGAAUGAAUGGGUUGUCACUGAAAAACUUGGAGCUACUCUCAAGGUUAAAGGUGGUGCUAAAGUUUCCAAAAAUAUUCGACUUAACAUUGGAGACAGGAUUGGAAUGUCAGAACUUUGUGUUGGACUCUACCUCCUAUUUUGUGGUUCAUAUGAUGUUAUGUAUGGGAAAAAUCAAUUCUUCAUAUUCCUAUACAUUCAAGCGAUUGCUUUCUUCAUCCUGGCAUUCGGAUAUGUUGGCACUAUUGUUCCCAACUACUAG